GGAAAUUAAAGACUUUUCACUCUCUCCACUCUUUUCCUCUUUGUGAGUAAGAAGGUUUGAAUGAUAUACACUGUAAUCCCUGAGACGCCAAAACCCCUGUAAACCCCAGGUGGAAAUGUUGGCCCAUCUCUCCAGGACCUUCCGUCAUAAUUGUGGUUUCCGGCAACAAUGCCGUCGUUACAAGCCUCCGAAGUCUCAGCCUCCUCCUCCACCUCCACCGACUUUACCAAAACCGCCGAAGAAGCCUCAGAGUUUCACCUUCCACGACGCGACGUGGGAGGAUCCUUACAGCUGGAUGUCUAAGCUUGAAGAUAAAGUGGCGAUGCGGCAUAUGGAUAUCUAUAUGGAGCAAGAAGAGAAGUAUACCGAAGCUAUCUUGGCCGAUACGGAUCGGAUUCAGACCAAGCUUCAGUCUGAGAUGGCUUCUCGCUUGUCUUUUGAGCUCUCUACGCCUCCUCUUCGCUGGGGACCUUGGUUGUAUUAUAGACGAGUUGAAGAAGGGAAGCAGUAUCCAGUGCUGUGUAGGAGGCUAGCGAGCUUGCACGAGGAGUUCAUUUCUCAUAAAUCUCCUGCUGCAGGGUUUGAUUUUACAUCUGGGAAGAGGAUUGAGCAGAAGCUGCUUGACUACAAUCAGGAAGCUGAAAGAUUUGGAGGUUAUGCUUAUGAAGAAAUGUCGGAGAUAUCUCCUGACCAUAAAUUUCUUGCAUACACUAUGUACGAUAAGGACAACGACUUCUUCAGAUUGUGUGUGAGAAACUUGAAUUCUGGAGCUUUAUGCAGCAAGCCUCACGCAGAUCGUGUCUCGAACAUAGCAUGGGCAAAGAAUGGCCAGGCUUUACUCUAUGUCGUGACUGAUCAGAAAAAACGGCCAUUCAGGAUAUAUUGUAGCACGAUCGGGUCAACGGAUGAAGAUGUUCUGCUUCACGAAGAACUCGAAGGCAAUGUUCAUGUUAACAUUAGACAUACAAAAGAUUUCCACUUUGUGACUGUGAAUACAUUCUCCUCUACAUUUUCAAAGGUCUUUCUGAUAAAUGCAGCUGACCCAUUUUCUGGUUUGGCAUUGGUUUGGGAACACAAUGCUCCAGCACACUGCAUAAUCGAGCAUCAUCAGGGAUUUCUCUAUUUAUUUACAGAUGCUUCUAAAGACGGUGGAACACUCGACCAUCAUAAUCUUCUUCGAUCUCCUCUUCACUUCUCUUCCAGUCCAAGGAUCUGGGAGACAGUUUUCAUCGACGACCCUGAAUUGACCAUAGAGGACGUUGAUUUCUGCAAAACACAUGUAUCCCUCAUCGUGAAGCAAAUGCAUAGCUACAAAAUUUGUGUAGUUGAUCUACCUCUCAAGACAGAGCGGGUACCGGUUCAUCUGAGAGAUAUUAAGCCUCGUUAUCUUCCUCUUCCGAAGCACGUUUCCCAAAUAUUUCCUGGCACAAACUACGACUUUAAUUCUCCAACAAUGCGGUUCACGAUCUCUUCACUUGUGAUGCCUGAUGCUGUGGUUGAUUAUGCUCUAUUAAACGGGAAAUGGAACAUCGUACAGCAGCAGAACAUGCUUCACGAAAGAACACGGGUUUUAUAUGGCACUGCUAACGCAACCGAAAGCCCUAAUAUACCCUCAGGCACCAGAACUGUCAGUUUUGAUACGGAGGAUACUACUGCCGAUAACGACAACUUGUGGAACGACUUAACCGAGUUUUAUGCGUGUGAUUACCAUCAAGUCUCUUCUCAUGAUGGAGCUAUGGUUCCGUUAACCGUUGUUUACUCGAGAGCUCAGAGAGAGGAGAACCAAAGACCUGGUCUGCUUCAUGUCCAUGGUGCUUACGGAGAAAUGCUCGAUAAGAGAUGGCGUAGUGAACUGAAAAGCCUCCUCGACCGUGGAUGGGUUCUUGCAUAUGCAGAUGUUAGAGGUGGCGGAGGGAAAGGAAAGAAGUGGCAUCAAGAAGGACGAGGGUCAAAGAAACUUAACUCCAUCAAAGAUUACAUUCACUGUGCCAAGUUCCUUGUUGAGAACAAAAUCGUUCAAGAAAACAAGAUUGCCGGUUGGGGAUACAGUGCGGGAGGACUUGUCGUUGCUUCAGCCAUCAAUCAUUCUCCUCAUCUCUUCAAAGCUGCGGUUCUAAAGGUGCCUUUUCUUGAUCCAACUCAUACUCUAAUACAUCCAAUACUACCCUUAACGGCGGCGGAUUACGAAGAGUUUGGAUAUCCAGGAGAUAUCGAUGAUUUUCAUGCGAUACGUGAAUAUUCACCUUAUGACAACAUUCCUAAAGAUGUUCUUUAUCCAGCAGUUUUAGUUACUUCCUCGUUCAAUACUCGAUUUGGUGUAUGGGAAGCUGCGAAAUGGGUUGCAAGAGUUCGUGACAACACAUUCAAUGACCCAGAACGCCCAGUCUUACUCAACUUGACGACUGAUAUUGUCGAAGAAAACCGGUUCUUGCAGACUAAGGAAUCUGCGUUAGAGAUCGCAUUUCUCAUAAAGAUGAUGGAAUCUUGAAAACAAACCAUCAAUGGCAGAGAGUAGCUAUAGAUAUGAUCUUUCUGGUUCUAAAAUUUUAGUAUGAAUCAAUGAAUUGUGUGAUACAAAGACAGAAAAGAAAUGAACAGUUACAAUAUGCAGACAGCUGCAAACUUGUCUGAGAUCGUCUCUGUUCACAUAAUUUCCAAGAAUCAUACAUGAGAAUGUGUUCUCAGAUAAAAACAAAUAAGUACAAGCAAAGGAAGUGUAGGAAAAAAAAAAAUGUGCUCAUGUCUUUUUAAGUUUCUGAAGAAUCAUCCUCUUCAAUAACUGUUGGGAGUGUCCCCUGUUUAGCAAAACCAGGGCUCAAGAACUUGGCCGCGAAAUUCCAUAAUCUGUAAACAUCUUCAAAGUUUGUCAAGAACCCAAGAGAAGCUGUGACUACUUCAACUCUUACGAACCCGUUGUUUCUUCCAUCUCGAUCCACCGGUUUCCAAGAACUUGACUCUUCGCUUCGACUAUCGACGAUCUUUAUGUGACUGAGGUAACCAAUGCCUAGAGAUAUCCCUUCUCUUUCAGCUAGCUUCUGCACUAUCUCAGGAUGCACCAUUCCACUCUUCAAAUCCCGAACAUUGAAUGCCACGGAUGAUCCGCGUUCGUAUUUGAUCUUUGGACCGUAAAUCUGAACAAGAUUCUUGUGCUCUCCACCUGGAUCUGCUCUAGGCAGCCUUAGUUGGAGCAGAGAAGUCACAAGCCAGUUAAUGAGGUAGCGGAGUCUCGAGGUGGUUUUGUUGAGGCCUAACAUGUUUACAUGAUCAAUGUGGCGGCAAACAAUCUCUGGUUCUCUCUGCUCAUCAUCCCAUUCUCCUCCAUUGCUUCCAUCUUCUUCAUCUUCUUCUUCAUCCUCAAGGCUGAUCACAGAUGCUUCUCCAUGAUCUACCGAUCUGAAGGACACUCUUCGUUUACUGGGAUGUUCAUCUUCAUUAACAAGAAGUCUUCCACCAUUGUACUGACUCUUCUCCCUUCUUCCUAAUAGCCUGAAUUCGCCUUCGGUCUCUCUUCUUAUCGCACUCUCUUUGAUUCCGGAGGUUGAACCAUUUCCAUUUGCUUCGGAGAUUAGCUUAGUGCUCCUUCCAUCUUCUUCUUCUUCGAUCUCAUUAACUCGCAACCGGCUUCUUGUGUCUAUCUGAUACGUUACAGGUUUUUCUUCAUCAGAGACUACUUCACCCACUUCAUGUGAUACUGACAAAACAGCAGCAUCAAACGAGAGAACAUGGCUCCCACCGUUACUACCAUUACUAGCCUUCGAAGCUGGUUUAGGCGAGAUCCUUCGUUUGUUGUUCUGUGGAACCAGUAAGGGGCUCUUUUGUUUGUUCAGAUGACCUGCGUUAUCAGAAUCGGCAGGACUCUGACCCAACUCGAUCCAGAGCGAGCUAUCCGACGACUCAUCUUCGCUGAAAACCGGACUCUUUAUCAAUUCACCCACUGAGAUACUCUCAGCCUCCUCAAACACAGUGCUUGUUCCAUCUUUAUCUGAGCCAAUCUCAUGAUCCAUAUCUGUCUCAAAGACAUCCUGCACUUGAGCAGAAGUAUAAGCACCAGAAAACGCGGGUAACUGAGUUCCCAAGGCUUUAUUAUCUCCGUUGAUGGCGAUGUCAUUAUCUUCAAUCCCGGUCAACCCUUCCAGGCCAUCCAUGGAGUCGCUUAGAUACAGAGGAUACUCAGGUGUUAUCUUCACAAUGCCUGAACUCGUUUUCCCGGAUUGACUCUGCAAGCAGCUAAUCACAGAUUUCUUAAUCAACAGACAACCAAACCCAGUUGGAUCAUACCCAAACACACGAUAAAACGAAGUGAUGAUGAAAUCGGGACGGAACAAAGACAAGCCGAGCGAGUCCAUGUCUUUAGGACCCAACGCACCGGCAUCAAGCAAGACAUGCCAGUUGUUUUGCUGAGCCAACGCCAUCCACUGGUAAGAAUACUUAGACCCCGUGACCCUCGACUGGACCGGAAACACAAACAAACCAGUCGCCGAAUCCUUCUUCCUCUUCUUCUUACUCAGAAUCUCCUUCUUAAGAUCCAUCGAGCAUAGCCUAAGCGUAGGCCACUUGAACCAAGCGCUGCCAACCUUUGCGCCUUUCUCCUUCGCGCACUGACCCAUCCAGCUAACAGACUGGCUCUCGUGAUCGAACAUAGUCAGGAGCUUCUUGUUCGUGUGGAAUGGAUAAGACUCUGCAAGCAACUUGAAAGCAGAGCCUCUACUAACAGUGAACACAAGACCAUACUCGUUCUCAGGGAUGUUCAAGUAAUCCAUGAUCCUAAUCUUGAUAUCAUGUUCAAUGGAUCCUUUCUCAGCACCACCGUAUAGAGCGUGGUUGCUUAGGUUCGCACUAAUCUCCGACAAACUAAAGGUGCAAGUGUCCCAGUAAUGAACUGUCUGAAGAUACGAGAACAACCCAAAUCCGCAAUAGUCAAGACAUACCUUUGGUAAUGAUAAGUGGAAAUACUCGUCGUUUCUCAACUGAUCGACUUUCUCCGAAGAUUGAUACUUUGGGUACAUAGUGAGAAACGUGUUUAGGGCUUCUUCGAGCUCAGGCAAAGCUUCUUCCGACUCAAACGCUUUCUGAGCUGCGAUGGAAGUAGCACGCAAGAACUCGCGUUGAGCAUUGAGUCUAGCGAGUGAUCUUGACCGUCCAAGGCUUUGAUCUUGAGCCUCGUCUUCUUCUUCCAUGUCUUGAGAUUUGACGAGUAACCCAUCCUCGGAUGCUUCCUCGAGGGCUUCUCUGAGCUUUGAUUCAUGGAGUUUCCGCUGAGUCAUGGCUUUUGUCGACUCGGAAACAUCUCGAUUCCUGCUGCUGCUGCUGCUCUUCUUGUCCAGUACUAGAGCAGCAGCACAGUGAUAAAUUGGCUUCCAAAGUGAGAUAUGCAUCAAAAACCUCGGAUUAUCAGAAACAGAACCCGAGAAGUCAAAAUCACCACUGAAGUGGCCUCGUCGAUAUCAAACCCGAAAUGAGAGGAUGAGAAAAUAUAAAGGAAAUAAAAAAAUCCCAGAUCAGGUUAAAAAAAGAUCAAACUUGAACAAGAAAAGAAAAAAAAAACCAGAAUUCGAUAGGAGAGAUCAAAAAGUCAAAACCUUUGUCCCAUCUUGAACAGAGAAAACGAGAAAGAGUCAAAAUAGAAGAGACGCAAAUCCCAAAAACCAGAAGAACAGAUCCAUAAACAGAACUCCUAAUGGAGAAAGAAAAUAAAAUCUCAAAAGAAAAACUGUGUGUUUAGCUUCUGAAACACAAAGAAGAAGCUUCCUGUUCUUCGUCUCACUUCACUUCGAGAAAAAGAUAACUCCUUUCACAUCAAAGUAUAACCAUUGAAACCAACAAUACAGGGCGUCCGUUUGUAUUAAUCUCUCUUGUCUCUCGUAAUAAUCUUCCUUUCAAACGAAAAUAGUGACUAAAAUUGCCAUUUGACUUUUUUAUAUCAAUCAAAUGCCUAAUCUCUUUGCUGUUACUUGCUGUUCCAAUUCCAAAUAUUAUUUUUUUUCCUAUUAUUUUAAUCAAUCAAUC